UUCUGCAACACGAAUCGGGUGCAGAAGUAGCAGCACCUCUCGUCAGGCAAACAAACGAGUCAUUUUGAACCUCUGAUUACUUGAAGUUUCCACUCUGACUGUGAUCACUUGUGUGGAGAGGCAUCCUGCCAUCUGCUUUCUGUCUGUUUCCACGUUUUGCAGCUGCGCAAGUCUGACAUUUCUGUUUCUACUCAACUGAGGUGAGAUGCUAUGAAAAGGAGAUUUUAGAAAGAAUUAAAAAAUUACCUGGCAAAACCCACAAGUCCCAACUCCAAGAUGGACGAGAAAACCAGCAAAGCAAAUCUAGAAGAGCUUGCACUAAAGGGAAGUACAGGCACAUUUCACCGCAGCAGUGCGAGACAUACGUUCAAGAGCCUGAGAUUUAGCCAGAUGGCUGUGACAAAGACCUACACAGCGUUCGAGUGGGAUCCUACCGACGAUGUCGACUAUCCCAACUAUACCGACUAUGCUGAGAACGGGACUGGUCUCCACGAUGACUAUGACACCACCUGUGACAGGGAGGAGCUCAGCCUGCAGGGCUUCUACACCGUCUUCCUGCCUGUGCUCUACAGCCUGAUCUUCCUGCUGGGAGUGGCAGGGAACGGCCUGAUGAUAACCGUCCUCCUGGCUCGUUGGCGUCAGCUGCGCAUCACAGAGAUCUACCUGCUGCACCUGGCCCUGGCUGACCUCAUGCUCCUCCUCACGCUCCCUUUUCUCGCAGUCAAUAGCGUCACCGGUUGGAUUUUCGGGAACUUUCUCUGCAUGCUCAAGGGCGUAUUAGAGAAUCUGAACAUCCUCUGUGGGAGCGUCCUUCUCGCUUGCAUCGGAUUUGAUCGGUAUUUGGCCAUCGUUCACGCGAUCCCUAGCAUGCAAAGUCGACGUCCCAGAGUGGUGCACCUAACGUGCAUUUCGCUAUGGCUCCUCUGUGUGUGUUUAUCAGCACCGAACGCCGCGUUUCUUUCUGUGGCACAAGCAGACACAAACACAUCUCGGCUCUCCUGCUACUAUUAUCGUUAUGGCAUAAAUGCAAAUAACUGGCUUGUGACCAAUCGAUUUUUACAUCAUGUGUGCUUUUUCGUACCUCUGGCUGCCAUGAGCUACUGCUACACGGCCCUCAUAAUUACUCUGUGCAAGGGUCAGAAAAGCCAGUCAAAGAAAGGAGCCAUUCGACUGGCUUUGCUCGUCACUCUUGUGUUUUGCGUCUGUUGGCUACCGUAUAACAUCGCCUCACUGAUACAGACCAUGGUCGACUUUGAGGUUUUUAUGUAUGACAACUGUGCCUCUUUGAUCUUACUGCAGCCAGCCCUCGAUUUGACACGCAGCCUGGGUAUCUUACACUGCUGCCUGAACCCUUUCUUGUACGCCUUUGUUGGGGUGCGGUUUCGCAAUGAGCUGAUCCAGUUGCUUUGCCAACUGGGCUGCGGCCGUAUUUGCCUGCCUUUCAUCAGAGCUGAGGGUCACGGCCGACCGUCCGUCUCUGACGGAGUGACGACCAACAGCACCGUCUUCAACUAAGAAACUCUGUUCUGCCGUUCUCCACUUGUACUGAUGGAAAAUGCUAUAACUUUAUCAAGUGUUCUUAUAAUAUAGUACCCAUUGCUACUUGGUCUGCAUUUAAAAUGUUUUAUUCACCCAGUCAAGAAAAAAAAAAAAAAGUUAUUGUUGGCCAAAACCUGCUUUUUGCUUGUAUUGUAGCUACUGCUAACUGAAUUCAAUAAAGAUUUCAUAUAUCAUA